UCAAGGCACCCUUUAAAAAAGUAUGGGUAGUCCCGAGGCACCCAUUAAAAUUAUGGACAGUCCCGAGGCACCCUUUAAAAUUAUGGACAGUCCCGAUGCACCCUUUAAAAUUAUGGACAGUCCCGAGGCACCCUUUAAAAUUAUGGACAGUCUUGAGGCACCCUUUAAAAUUAUGGACAGUCCCGAGGCACCCAUUAAAAUUAUGGACAGUCCCGAGGCACCCAUUAAAAUUAUGGACAGGCUUGAGGCACCCUUUAAAAUUAUGGACAGUCUUGAGCCACCCUUUAAAAUUAUGGUCAGUCUUGAGCCACCCUUUAAAAUUAUGGUCAGUCUUGAGCCACCCUUUAAAAUUAUGGUCAGUCUUGAGCCACCCUUUAAAAUUAUGGUCAGUCUUGAGCCACCCUUUAAAAUUAUGGUCAGUCUUGAGCCACCCUUUAAAAUUAUGGUCAGUCUUGAGCCACCCUUUAAAAUUAUGGUCAGUCUUGAGCCACCCUUUAAAAUUAUGGUCAGUCUUGAGCCACCCUUUAAAAUUAUGGUCAGCCUUGAGCCACCCUUUAAAAUUAUGGUCAGUCUUGAGCCACCCUAUUUUACAAUGGGAAACCUCAAGGCACCCCAGGGAGCC